GUGGUUUAGAAAUGGUCGCUCACAUACACACCGAGCACAGCCAGGACGUGUUUCGCUUUCUUGAAGUGUCUCUGCUAUUUUAUUACGAUUCGUUGCAUUAGUAUGCCUGAAGAGUUGGUGGACAAAACACAUGUUGUGACAUGCACCGCGCCGGUAAAUAUAGCUGUCAUCAAAUACUGGGGGAAGAGAAACGAGGAAUUAAUCCUACCCACCAAUUCAUCAUUGAGCGUCACUUUGCAUCAAGAUCAGUUAAAAACGACCACAACAGCAGCAACCAGCAGGUUAUUUGAAGAGGAUAAAAUAUGGCUCAAUGGAAAGGAGGAGGAUAUCAACCACCCUCGACUCCAGGCCUGUUUGAGAGAGAUUCGCCGCCUGGCACGGAAGCGUCGGAACAAAGUGGACUCGGAUGCUCUUGGGCUGUCUCAUAAAGUUCACAUAUGUUCUGUGAAUAAUUUCCCUACUGCUGCCGGGUUGGCGUCUUCUGCUGCAGGAUUUGCUUGUCUGGUCUAUACUCUGGCUCGCUUGUUUGGAGUGGAGGUGGAGCUUUCUGGGAUCGCUCGCCAGGGCUCAGGCAGCGCGUGUAGGAGCAUGUAUGGAGGAUUUGUUCAGUGGCUCAUGGGGCAGAAAAAGGAUGGCAAAGACAGUCUGGCCCAACAGGUGGAGUCAGAGAGCCACUGGCCUGAGCUCAGGAUUCUUGUUCUGGUGGCCAGUGCAGAGAGGAAGCAUGUUGGAAGCACAUCUGGGAUGCAAACUAGUGUGGAAACAAGCUCUCUUUUGAAGUACCGAGCAGAGUCUGUGGUUCCAGGACGCAUGGAGGAGAUGAUCACGGCCGUGAGGAGGAAAGACUUCCCUGCCUUUGCUGAACUAACAAUGAAAGACAGUAACCAGUUUCACGCCACCUGCCUGGACACCUACCCCCCCAUCUUCUACCUGAACAGAGUCUCUCAUCAGGUCAUCCACCUGGUGCAUCGCUACAACAAACACUGUGGCGAGACCCGGGUGGCGUACACGUUCGAUGCAGGUCCCAAUGCUGUGAUUUUCACCCUUCAGCAGCAUGUCCCAGAGUUUGUCCAGUUGGUCCAGCAUUUCUUUCCUCCAGAAAUUAACGGCGGACAAUUCAUCAAGGGUCUUCCUGUAGAAGAAGCGUCUCUUUCUGAUGACUUGAAGCAGGCCAUUGGUUUAGAGCCCAUGCCCAAAGGAGUCAGUUAUGUGAUAAGUACUCAGCCUGGACCUGGGCCACGUGUGGUGGAGGAUCAAACUCAGCAUCUACUAGGGUCUGAUGGUUACCCUAAAGAAUCAGCCUGACAUGACGUCUAGAGCAACUGUCUCAUCGUGGUGAAUGCAGUUGCUGUCUCAUUCUGUGAGGCUACCAAACUCCCUUUAAAUGAGCCGGAUCAUGAAAAAUGCAUCAUACAUUGUGAGAUAAUCCUCAACAAGGUUCUGGUAUUGGGAUUGAAAAUGCAUUUUUUUUAAGUUGCUGUUAUAUUCCAACAGAGGUUAGCUGGUAAAUAAUGCCUCCAAGUUGUCAAUGUCAUUUCUGCUUUAUCGCUUUCAAGAUAGAGUGAUAAAAUAAUGUGACUCACUUGCGUAAUUUACUGACCUCCUUGCAGUAUCAGUAGUUUGGGGAAAUGCUGUUGUGUUCAGUCAAAAAGGAAAUAGCACUAGUUCUGUGAUUGUCUUUUUUAAGGGGGCUGUUCAAACAUUGGGCUCAGGCUGGGUUUGAUGGCUCUGUCAAUGUCCUCAGUAUGUACAAGGAGCGUCUCCUUCUCUGCAUCAUGUUUAAUCUUAUCUGUGCGUGUCCAUUGCAGCCACUGUGAUGGAGGUAUCAUGAAACUAAUGUUUGGGUCUAUUCCUCUUUCAUGAAAACUUUUAUUUUACAUGCAAGUAUGGAGGCGCAGAAAGAUCUUUGCUACACCUUCAACCAAUGUCAUGAAAAUAAAGGGUGUUAUUUUGA